GAACCUUAAAGCAACAGAGUAUGAAAGAGAGCAAACAGAGUGAGCGAACCGAGAAAGGAAUAAAAAUAUUCGAGCAUGUCUCUUAGAGUACCGCGUAUUGCCCACCCCCCAAGUUUUCAUUCAUUUUUAAGCAGUCUCAGGUAUUGUGCGUGUUUUCGCCGUUUUCGUGACAGAGUUGUGUUGAGACAAGCGUAGCGAGAAGCAGCCACCAACGAGAAUGGAGUUAUACCUUAACAAUUACAUGUUAGCCUUCGAGUAACUUAAAACAGAAGCCUUCUGCACGAAUGAAUUCCGGUCGAAGCUACUCUACUGGUGAUAAUUCAGAACUUGUGCGGUAGAAUACAGCAAGGAAAACUGUGACUGAAGUGAAACUUUCCCUGGGAAAAAAGUAUGCUACUGAUGACAAAGAAGGAGUGGAAAAAUCUCGCCCGAAGGUUACGGUUUUCGCCGCGGAAGCGCCACUACAUAGCUUCGCUGCUAGUAAUCGUGGUGGUUGUUUCCCUGGUGUACUGCACCGUAACCUCGUCCUAUUAUUGCUUCGACACCGGAGUCGAGUGGAAAGUUAAUAAAUUUUGCAAGCGCUAUCGCACGGAGGGAGCUUCAGGCUACCUGUGUCAGGACUUUUGCAGCUGGGACUUCCACUGUCCGGAACCGAGUCUGGAAAUUCAUCAUCCUCAUCGGUUUCAAGCUAAAAAGCUUGGUGAUCCACUGACCAUCAUCCAAGCAGUUCCGAACGAAAAUUAUGAAAAACUAUUCUGGGUGGACAGCCUCUACCAGAAGGAGCACUAUCCUUCCGAAACCGAGUAUGAAAAUAUAGUCAAACGGUACAUCACGAACAAGUACAACAUGGAGAUUCCCUUCGAUAAGAUGCGCUCUCUGUUGAGACUUUCGCAUAAGCAGCACGUUUCGAUGUUCCAUAACAGUAUGCGAGACAGCUGGAAUUUGAUACAGAACCAUGAGUACGCCAUGAUGAGUAUGUUCAAUGAGAAGGAUCUCUUUCCGUUUGUGACCGGUAAUUGCGGAGAAGUGUUCGCUUCCGAGCAUCUGGAGUCGGUUGAUUUCGAUGAGGACCGCUAUUACUUCACGAAGCACAUCGAUACGGACCGCUGGCGGUACCAUAUCAAGGUGGCGGUAUUAAUUUUAGACUAUAUUGAAGAGCUGGACCAGCAUGAAAUUCAGAUGUGCCACGUGGAUCUAACCCGAUUUGGGAUUAAUAAUAAUCGAUUGAAGUACGACGAUUUGCGUUUCCUGUUCACGGAGUAUACUAUCAAUAGGAAAUUGUCCAGCGGAAGUCAUUGCACCCGGGAUGAGCACUGCAAUUUUAUGCACUGUCGGUCCGAGUGCAAUGUCGAGAAAAAAUGGUGCGAGUCGACGGUGUUGAAUAAUAAUGUUCAAAUCAUUUGCGAAAAGAUCUUUCUGGGUACCGAACGCUAUCCGGGCAUUCUAAUCACGCAGAGAACUCCGGAUCGGCUUGCAAUGCUGCUCAAGCGAUGCGCCAACCCGACGCAAGAUCGGGACGUUUCUCGGACCCGGCCGCUGGGGGUUUCCGAGGAUCUCAAGAAACAGCUGUACAAUGAGUUGACCAGCAUUUACGAGCGACUCGCCACGAAUACUGCUCCUUAAAUUUCAAUUCUAUUAAGACUUAGGGUACGAUGUAAAUCUGGUUCACGUUUUCGAACCGUUCUAACUGUAGUGUAUGUAUUUUUUGCAAUGGUCGUCCAUGUGUGAGUGUCAAAAAAAGACACGAUUUGUACGUUGGAUGUGGUUUCACUCUAGAAGCAAACAUGAGAGUUAAUAUUUUUUUAGAGUUUUAGUAGCUUUGAUCGCUAGAUUUUUGCAGAGAAACCAAACUGUCAAUCACAAUCACUUGAAAAGCGAAAGUUCAACAUUUUUCUUAACGUCCUUCUAAUUUAGAAUAGUAACAACAUCAGUGAUAUUGAAACUUUGAGUAUUACUUGAAAAUCAGACCAAAAAAUCAAUUGUAAACUUUAAUUAGCUAACUGCACUGUAAUACCUAGUUAAGAAUCUGUUGAAAUAAACUAAAUUUGAGCACAAAAAAUGACAA